UUUCGUGGCGCUUGCGCGCCCGCGGCGUCGGAUCCCGCGCUUGCGCAAUGUGGUUCAAUUUCGGGUCUAGGGACGAACUGUUAGCGUCUCGAGGAAAAAAAACCGCGUCAGGUCGGGCGGCGCGAGCGAGAAAGAGUGUGUGUGUGCGUUAGCCGAAUGGUGGGAUUUUACCUCAAGGAUUAACCCGGGCCGAGCUGGCAGGAACCAUCGCCAACGCAAAACCGGACUUUCACUCGCACAGAAAAGGAGCCUUAUGACUCGCUAAGGAUGGUACGAGAAACCAGGCAUCUCUGGGUGGGGAAUUUGCCGGAAAAUGUGCGCGAAGAUAAGAUUAUCGAGCAUUUUAAACGAUAUGGCCGUGUGGAAAGUGUCAAAAUUCUUCCCAAAAGGGGCUCAGAAGGUGGAGUGGCAGCCUUUGUGGAUUUUGUGGACAUCAAAAGUGCGCAAAAAGCACACAAUUCUGUCAACAAAAUGGGAGACAGGGAUCUGCGAACGGAUUACAAUGAGCCUGGCACUAUUCCUAGUGCUGCUCGGGGAUUAGAUGAUACCGUUCCUAUAGGAACUCGUACUAGAGAGGUUUCAGGGUUCAGGGGAGGUGGUGGGGGGCCAACAUAUGGACCACCACCAUCACUACAUGGACGGGAAGGACGUUAUGAACGGAGACUUGAUGGGGCUUCUGAUAACAGGGAGCGUACUUAUGAGCACAGUGCCUAUGGACACCACGAUCGUACAACGACAGGGUUUGAUCGCCCAAGGCAUUACGAACAGGAUUACUAUAGAGAUCCUCGAGAUAGAACUAUACAACAUGGAGUUUAUUAUGGGUCAAGAAGUCGAAGUCCAACUCGAUUUGAAACUCAUGAUCCACGUUAUGAACAAAGAGGGAGGGAACAGUUUGCAAUAUCAAGUGUAGUGCACAGAGAUCUCUACAGGGAAGAUAUUACUCGGGAAGUAAGGGGGAGACGACAGGAAAAAAACUAUCAGCACAGCAGGAGUCGAUCCCCACAUUCCUCACGGUCAGGAAACCAAUCCCCACAGCGAUCUAGCCAAGCAUCGAGGUCACGGCGUUCUCCCAGUGGCAGCGGGUCGCGGAGUAGGUCAUCAAGCAGUGAUUCUGUCAGCAGCAGCAGUAGUACCAGCAGUGACAGGAACCCAAAAUGGCAAAUAUUGUGGUGCUUUGGCUCGAUGCUGGAGUAAGGCUAUUGCUGUGGAUGAGGAUUCGGAAACAUUCAAGUCAUCAGCAUACCCACCUGUGGGAAGAAAUAGAUGUGUUGCAUACAUAACUCAUUUAAAUUUUUGGAAACAACGUUUUUAGUUCUUUCAUUUGUGUAAUUACUCUGUUGACUCCUCUGGUUCUAACAGAAUAAGUUAAAACUAGGGAACAUGGUAUUGGGGGGAGAGAGAGAGAUUAGUAAAGCAGUUAUACCUCAAGCUAAUUUUUCCGGUGGCAUAUAUGUUAUGUAAAAAUGGCUUUAGAAUUACAUAGCACUUACAGCAUACAACAUGGCCCCCAACAGGUCUCUGAUGUUUAUGCUCUUCCCACUCUCCUUUAUCCAAACAUAUCAGCAUAACCCUUUACUCCUUUCUUAAUUCUUAUCUAAUUUUAUCUUAAUUGCAUUUGUUAUUUGCCUAAAUACAUAUUUCCUGGAUUUCUAUUAGAUUUAUUAAUGGGUAUUUAAUGGUAUUUAAUUUUUAAAAAAAUUCCCUCCCCUUUUCUGCAGGUACCCUGAUAAAUCCCUUAAUAAUUUUAAAGACCUCUGUUAGAUUACCCUUCAGCCAUCUCCAGAGAAAAGACCUCCAGCCCAUUCAGUCUUACCUAAUAGUUACAAUGUUUCUGUUUUGGUAUUGUACAUGUAAACAAUUAGAAUCUGGGAUAAUGUUCCCAGAGUUGGUGCUUGUCACUGCUAUGGUAUUGCAUGAUAUUCUUAAAACAGCCGCAAUAUCAUCUAAAUUUGCACCCUUAAUCAAUUUUAAUUGCUGUUAAUGAUGUGUGAAUUUAUUAAAAGGCACUCUGGGUGCAAUUCAUUCUUGGAUAAACCUGUUUAUCUUACUACUACUACUGAUUUGAUUUUAAUUUAGAAGUGGAUGAGUGCAGUAGAUCACUCACCUUUUGUGGAAUCCCCAGUUGCAAAGCUGGAGUUUCAUAGCAGAGGAAAAAACCAGGUGUGAAUCUCCAGCAUAUAUAAUUUAGUUUUGUAGUGGAUUAAGUCACAGUGCAUUCUUUGAGCUUUUUUUAAAAUUCAGCCUAGCCAAUUAACUUGAUGGAAGGCACAAGUUAGAUGCUGUUACAUGGCAAAGCAAAUGGGACACUCAUAAUUUUUGGUCUUGUGGGCAAAAAGGGUUAAAUUGUCAUGCCCCACAACAAUUUGUAAUUUCUGUAUGUUGGUGUAUUGCUCAUUUGUUUUAGCAACCCAUAACUUUGGAUUAAUGAAGUAGAUGCAGUUUUUAUUAAUAACAGAAUCUUGAUGACCAAUAGAUACUCAACAAUGUCUAAAUAAUACCUAAUAUGGAAAAAAAAGUUGAUGUUUCUCAGACGCAUAAGGAAUAUCAAUGUUGGGCCGAAGGAGUUGAUAUUGGUCUGGCAAAAGAUGGGAUUCGAGAGAAGUCUUAAAGGUGCACGGGGAUCACUUAGUUGGCUAAAGGCACAGCCACUGAUGAUAGUGUGGAGGGAAACUGAUCUUGUCUACAGAUGUUCAUCUUAGGUUGGGGUGCUUAAUUGAAUUGUGCAGUUCACUCACAUUGUUUGUAAAGUUCUGGAAUCAGUGCAACCUCCCUAAUAAUACUGGAUGAACAUGCUUAAUAUUUGCGUUCAUAAUAUUACCAAUAAAAUGCUUUUGUGCUUUUUAUCUUGUUUAUGUUUGUCUCCUGUCCACAAAUGCCAUGUACCUUUUUCAAUUCAUAGGCAGUUGGUUGUUAAUUUAGCUUUGUUACUUCCAUUGCAUGUUCAGCUUUGAAAAAAAUGUAUGAGCAAUCUGGAAAUAAAUUGUGUACCAGCC